GAUUUCUGAAUGAAACGUUAUUGAAAGCUGUUAGUAUACUUCAGACAUAGUGAGUGAUUAGACGUGCAUGACAAAAAAGAAUGGCCCUGGAUAUAGAGUCCGUUUACCUUUAUCCCAAAGAAAAUUCGACAAUACAUAAAACGGAUAAAUACGAGCUGGUUCACGAUGAAGAAAAUCCGGUUGCCAUUUUCCGACGUGGAUUGCAAUUCACUAUAGCUGUAAGAUUCGCAAACCGCGGAUUCGACAAAAAUAAGGACCUAGUUAGAUUACUCUUCGAUUAUGGUCCAUAUCCAAAUCCCAUUAAAGGUACUAGAGGGGUGGUAGUUAUUGACGCCACCAAAAAGAGGCGUAUUGAUGAUGAGCAGAAGUUAUGGUUUGCGAAUGUUGUCAAUUCGGAUUCGGAAACUAUUUCAUUACAGGUGUUUGCUCCUCCUACCAUACCCGUUGGUCUAUGGAAUCUUCAAAUCGAGACGAGCAUUCUCAAUUCCACUGAAGAACCAAAAAUUUACAAUAAUGAAAACAGCUUGUACUUUUUGUUUAACCCCUGGAAUUGCCAUGAUCUGGUUUACAUGCCAGAUGAGAGGAUGCUGGAUGAAUAUAUUCUGACUGACGUUGGAAAGGUUUGGGUAGGCCCGUAUGGUACCACCAAAGGUCGCGAAUGGGUUUUUGGCCAAUUCGACGCGUGUGUUUUGCAGGCCACCAUGUUAAUGUUUGAAAAAUCUGGAUUAUCCCACGCCAGCCGUGGUGAUCCAAUCAAAGUAACCAGAAUGAUUUCCAAAAUGGUCAACAGCAACGACGAUGAUGGCAUAUUAACUGGAAGAUGGGAUGGUAACUAUGAGGAUGGUACCGCUCCAUCAGCUUGGACAGGAUCAGUUCCUAUUUUACAAGAAUAUUUAGACACGGAAACAGCAGUUAAUUAUGGGCAAUGUUGGGUAUUUUCUGGCGUUGUGACAGCAAUUUGCCGCGCGCUUGGAAUUGCCUCAAGAGUGGUGUCCAACCUUGUUUCUGCCCAUGACGCUAACGCGACUUUGACCGUUGACAAAUAUUUUAACGAAAACAAUGAAGAAUUAACUUAUGAUCCUAAUAAUGCAAUGGGGGAAGAUUCUAUUUGGAACUAUCAUGUCUGGAACGACGUAUACAUGGCUAGACCCGAUCUUCCACCAGGCUAUGGUGGCUGGCAAGCUAUUGAUGCGACGCCUCAAGAAACAUCUGAGGGAUUCUACCAAUGUGGACCAUCAUCUUUAGAAGCCAUAAGGAAAGGUAAUGUCGGAUUCAAUUAUGACAUUCCUUUCAUGAUUGCCUCUGUCAACGCAGAUUUAAUGAGAUGGAAAGAAGACAAAACUUGCGAAAUGGGAUAUUCCAAAAUCUAUUGCAACAAAUAUCAUAUUGGUCGAUUUAUCCUUACAAAAGCCCCUUUCAUGUUUGAUCCCAACGGAGAUAGAGAUCGACUGGACAUUACUUCUCAGUACAAGGCGAAAGAAGGCACCGAAGCAGAACGCCUCUCUCUGUUAAACGCUGUCAGAGGAACUGAGGCAGCAAAGAGAUUCUACGCCUUACCAGAACCUGAAUUAGAGGACAUGGAGUUUGAUUUACAGGAACUUGACAAAAUCAAAAUUGGAGAAAACUUCAACGUUAUUGUCAAAAUCAAGAACAAAAGCGACAAAGAACGUCACAUCAAAUGUGCACUAUCCGCAGCUAGUGUUUACUACACUGGCGUGAGAGCCCAACGAAUUAUCAAACAAGAAGGUCAAUUUGUAAUGAAACCAAACAGUAGUGAAGAGUUAAAAUUGAAUGUUACUGCAGACGAUUACUUGGAAAAAUUGGUAGAAUACUGCAAUAUGAAAAUAUAUGCCAUUGCUACAGUUACAGAAACAAGACAAACCUGGGCAGAUGAGGAUGAUUUUCAGGUCCUCAAACCUCACAUCCAAAUAAAAAUUCCUCCAGAAAUUCCCUUAAAGAAAACCACCACAAUAACCCUCAGAUUUGUGAAUCCACUGAAGAAAGUUCUGACAAACUGUAAGUUUAACAUUUCCGGAUCCUCUCUUAUCCGCAAUCAAGUUGUACCAUACCCGGAUGUGAAGCCAGGUGCUGUAGUCAAAACAGACGUAGAUAUAGUUCCGAAACUUGAUGGGGAACAGAAAUUGAUUGCUACAUUUACAUCUAAGCAAUUAUUGGAUAUCGUAGGUUCGGCAAAGUUUGAAGUUAUUGAUGAAUAAUGAAAGUCACCAAAGUACGUGAAGAAGACAAGUAUAUUUCAUAGAUUUAAGAAUUUAAAUAUAGUUGAUAAUGAUUAAUGAGACAUUCUUUAUAGCAAACUUUUUUGCGACAAUAAACUAAUGGCUUUUAUGUUUUCUUGCUUAUAAGUAAAUGCUUUCAUAUAAAA